CCUGGGGACAUCUCGGGGACAUCUCUGAGCCCAGCAUGGCCCAGCUCCUGCUGGCAGGGCUGCUGCUGCUGCUGCUGCCCGCGGGGACCCGCGGGGCUCAGUGUCCCGUCCCCCACAUUGCCCACGGGCAGCUGAGCUCUGCAGGGAACUUCACCUCGGGCAGCACAGCCCGGCUGGAGUGCGAGCCCGGCUUUGUGCCCUCGGGCACGGGCACGGUGAGGUGCACCUUCAACGGCAGGUGGUACCCAUGGGUGCCCUCCUGUGUGCCAGGGCAGUGUCCCCACCCUCCCCCUGUGGAAUUCGCCGACCCCCAGCCCCGUCGGGAGUUCCUGGUCGGUUCCACCCUGAGCUACUCCUGCAGACCCGGCUUCUCCUCCAUCCCCGGCGUGUCCCCAACGAUAACCUGUCUGCAGAACUUCUCGUGGUCCUCGGUGCCCAGGCUGUGCCAGAAGGUGCAGUGCCCCAGCCCGGCCAUCCCGCACGGCAGAGCCGCCAGCCCCGGCGGGGCCCCGCACAGCUUCGGGCAGCAGCUGCAGUUCCAGUGCGAGCCGGGCUACGUGCUGCGGGGCAGCGGGAGGGCGCAGUGCUCGGCGGACGGCACCUGGAGCCCCGCCGUGCCCUACUGCCUCGGGGUCUGUGACCCCCCUCCCAAAAUCGCCCACGGGCAGCACUCUGCCUCUGGGGUGAAGCAGUUCCCCUAUGGCUCUGAGGUCAAGUACAGCUGUGCAGAGGGGCUGUCCCUGAUCGGGAGCGAGUCCCUGUUCUGCACCUCCGGGGAUGGGGAGAACCUGACCUGGAGCGGGGCUGCCCCGGAGUGCAGGGCGGUUCGCUGUCCCCAGCCCGUGCUGCAGAGGGGCACGGUGAGCCCCCAGACCUUCACUUUUCCCUACGGGCUGCUGCUGCACUUCUCCUGCCAGCCAGGCUUCGGGCUGCAGGGCGCUGCCCAGAGCCAGUGCCAGGCUGAUGGCACCUGGCACCCGCCCCUGCCCACCUGCCAGCCAGUUCUGUGUCCACAACCACGAGUGCCCUAUGGGAGGGUGAAGAGCCCUUUGGGUGGCAGGAGGUGGUACCAGACCAAUGACACUGUCACCUUCCAGUGCCUCCCUGGCUACCAGCUCCCAGACAAUGGAAUGAUGCCUUUGGAAGAGUCCUGGACAGCCACGUGCUUGCCUGAUGGCAGCUGGACACCACUGCCCAAGUGUGUGAAAGAAGGUGAUGCUGAUGUGUGUCAAGAGGUCCAUUACAUUAAAUCAGUCUUUGAAUGUGGGGUGCCUGUAGAAGAAGUGAAAAAUCUGCUGGAAAUACAGAAACUCUUCCUGGAGAUUAAAAAACUAGAGAUGGAAUUAGAAAACUGAAAUGAAACCAGAACCCUGUAACUCUCACCUUUCCUUUGGUGAGCUCAGUUUGUGCAGUCACAGCAUCUCUAAGAUCUCUGGGUGAUUUUAUGGUUUGUGUGUGCAUGGCUGGAGCCAGAACAAUACUCACCAGUGCAUGGGAGGCUGCUUUUGCUGUGCUGGAUGCCAGAGCAGGGAGUGGGCUUUGCUCUAACCUGCAAGCUUGAAUUGCUCUUUAACUAAUAAAUUGUUUCACAUUUCAUAUUAGGAAGCAUAGAAAGAGUUUCAAUUUAGCUUUUUUUUAAUCACUGUUGUAAGCUGAGGGAAAUGGGAGUGAAAAAAGCUGAGAUGAGUCCAGAGCUGGCUCUGAAGGUGUUUGUGCUGCCAUGGUCCAGCUGGGCUUUGGGUACAUCUGCAGGAAGCAGUGGUGCAACAAGUGAUAAACAUUUAAAUCUGAUUUUGGGUAAGGGCAGCUCACAAGAAGUGCAUUGUAAAGGCUGCAUUUGCCUCACCCCUGGAUUUAGGCAGGAACAGGUUCCUGGCUGUGCCAAAUAUCCCAGCUGGUGUCGUCUUCCACAUCCCUGUUUGUGGUGAGCAAAUGCCAGGAGCAGGUGCUGGAAUUCAGCCAGUUCCAGGUGCAGAGGGUGAGGCAGCCAAUUCCUGUUCCUCAAUAAAUGCUGCUCAGAC